CCAAAAGAGAAAGAAACGUAGCUUUGAAAGAGUUUUAGAGAGAGAAACAGAGAAUUUUAGAGAGAGAAACAGAAAGAGAUGAAGAUCACAGCUCUGUUGGUGCUAAAAUGCACGGGUGAGGGUUCCGAUCCGGUGAUUCUGGCGAACGCUUCGGACGUGAGCCACUUCGGUUACUUCCAACGCUCCAGCGUGAAGGAGUUCGUCGUCUUCGUGGGUCGCACCGUAGCCAAACGCACCCCUCAGGGCCAGCGUCAAUCCGUUCAGCACGAAGAGUACAAGGUGCAUUCAUACAACAGAAAUGGCCUUUGUGCGUUGGGAUUUAUGGAUGAUCACUACCCAAUUCGAAGUGCAUUUUCUCUUCUGAACCAGCUGCUGGAUGAAUAUCAAAAAAGUUUUGGUGAGUCAUGGAGAAGUGUUCAGGCAGAUAGUACUCAACCAUGGCCCUAUUUGAAUGAAGCUCUGGCAAAAUUCCAGGACCCUGCAGAGGCUGACAAAUUGUUGAAAAUCCAGAGGGAGCUGGAUGAAACAAAAAUCAUCCUUCAUAAGACUAUUGAUAGUGUACUUGCACGAGGGGAGAAGCUGGACAGUUUGGUUGAGAAGAGUUCUGAUCUGAGUGCAGCAUCGCAGAUGUUCUACAAACAGGCGAAAAAAACCAAUCAGUGUUGUAGCAUAUUGUAAACUUUCAAGACCAUCAGUAUCCGGUGAGCUCACCUGAAAUCCUCUUCAGAUGUUGAGGCUGUUGGAUAGGAGAAAAUAGCUUCAUGUGUCUAUAUCACUCUCUCCAUUGUUUGCUUGAUGAAAUUCUGUGAUUUCCCCCAUAUAUGUAUUGCUGACGGGAGCUGAAUGUUGGCUAAAGGUCUUACCGUGUUGACCAAUUAACAUUCUCAUUUACUUUCUUUGUGAUGCGGACUACGAUAAUUUAUAGUAUGCAUAAAUGAUUGUUUUAUGUAUUUAAUUAUUUUCACCUUUAGGAUGUGUAGGAGAAUCAUUAUGUUCUCUGGUUUUGUUUAUGGCUUUGUUUCUGAAGAGAAUUUUUUUUUAAUUUAUGUAUGUGCUUGGG